GGAGGAAGCACAUUUGUCAACCAUUUUAUUAAAAUUAGUAUGUAUUUCACAUAACACACAUGACACAUCCAAUGUUGCAUUCACCCUGUCUAAAUAAACCUACCACAUCAAACAGAUCUCUAAAAUCGAACCUCUCCAUUUUAUAAAAUAAAAAAAGUCCAAAUUUGCCGUCUUUGGCCCAUCAACGAUUAAUUAACUCUUACACCUUUGUCUUCACAAAAUCCAGCCUUUUUGCAUCACCACCACCUGUUCAGCUGUUCUGUACCUUAAUAAACUUUCCGAAACUGCCGAAAACGUUUUCUUCUUCUUCUGCUCCUUCAUCUAGCUUUUGUUUUUUCUUUCUAAGUUUACUUUGAAGAUAUUAGUAUUAGUGUACGAUUCAUUGAAAUUAACAACAGUAGAGAGUGGGAGAAAUGAGGCCCAAACUUUAUCUGUUCGGCGACUCAAUCACUGAGAUGUCGUUCGGCGACGGCGGAUGGGGUGCUUCUCUCGCAAAUCACUUCGCGCGCCAGGCGGAUGUGGUGUUGAGAGGGUAUAGCGGUUACAACACCAGAUGGGCUCUCAAGGUCAUCCAGAAAGUCUUUCCGGCGACCGGCGAAGCUCCGCUCGCGGUCACGGUGUUCUUCGGCGCCAAUGACGCAGCGCUACCGGACAGAUACGGCGGUUUUCAGCACGUGCCGCUUGAUGAGUACAAGCAGAAUCUUCUCGCCAUUGUUGCCUUUUUCAAGAAGCAAUGGCCAUCCACGCGCAUCAUCCUCAUCACACCUCCUCCAAUCGAUGAAGAUGCACGUCUCCUAAAUCCUUAUGCCAACAACCCUUCCGGGCUUCCCGAGAGGACAAAUGAGGUAGCUGGUCGAUAUGCCAAACACUGCCUCGACGUAGCAGCUGAAUGUGGGCUUCCAGCUAUCCCUCUCUACGACAAAAUGCAGCAACGUCCUGACUGGAAAAAGGCUCUUUUGAGUGAUGGCCUGCAUCUCACUCAGAAAGGCAAUAAGUUUGUAUUUGAGGAAGUGAUUAAUCUACUUGCUGAAGAACAAGUAAGCCUGGAGACGCUGCCAGCAGAUUUCCCGCUCUUUUCUGAGAUCGACCCGAACGAUCCACUCAAGCUGUUUGCGAACUAAACGGAGGAGGACGACGACCUUUUGCUCAAGCUUUCAGUUCACAAUAUGUGGAAAGCGCAGCGGAUUGGAAAUAAUAUAGCUCUAUACCAUACUAAACCAACACCACCUGGAUCGAAAAGCAUGCUUAUAUGUGUUCGAUCUUCUUCUCUUCUCCCUCUUGUAGACUUUAAGAUGGUGUGUGUAAUCUAUCAGUAGUAUAAGUUGCUGCAUUAUAAUAUAAUCCCUUGAUCAUAAUUUAGCAAA